UUCUGUUGGGCCGCUUUAUGCUCAUCUUUUGAAAAAAGUAAAGUUCAUGUAUCAUGAUGGACUUCCAAACAUAACUCCUCCAGGUGAAGCCGCAGUAAUAAACGGUAAACACUAAUAACAAGGUUAAAAUCACUGAAUCAUCUAGUAUGGUGAGUGUGCGCGCUCCCGUGGCGAGCCUGGACUUCUCGGAAUGCAGAAUUCACCGUAUCACCUGUGUCGGCGCUGUUCUGGGAGAAGCAAAUCGUGACAGGCAGGCUAGCUGCGGCGGCGGACUGUAAACAUGGCGGCGUGCACGGCUACAGGGCUGUGCCGAGCACCGCUGUACAACUAGUGUGGGAAGCGGAGACACCCCGAAAAUGGAGACCGAAGAGGAGCAGCACAUAACGACGCUCCUCUGCAUGGGUUUCCCAGAUCCUGACGUGAUACGGAAAGCGCUCCGGCUGGCAAAGAAUGACAUCAACGAGGCAGUGGCGCUUCUAACGAACGAGAGCCCCGGACUCGGCUAUGGAUACGAGCCGAUGGAGAGUGGGCCUUCCACCGGCUUGGGCUCCAGUGGGGACGGGGAAAACAGCGGGAGGACUGGGACUAGUGGGUUCGAUCCCCCUCCAGCAUACCACGACGUCGUGGAGGGCGAGCGAAGCAACGACGAGAACGGGAACUGCUCGGGAGGUAGCAUGGAGUUCCCCACCACCAACCUGUACGAGCUGGAGAGCCGGGUCUUCACCGAUCACUGGUCCAUACCCUACAAGAGAGAGGAGUCCCUGGGCAAGUGCCUCAUCGCCUCCACCUGCCUUGCACGUCACGGUCUGGCGGACGCCGAUGAGAACUGCAAGAGGUUUGUGGAUCGGUGCAUGCCGGAGGCCUUCAAAAAGCUGUUGACCAGCAGCGCCGUACACAAGUGGGGCACGGAGAUCCACGAGGGGAUCUACAACAUGCUGAUGUUGCUGGUGGAGCUGGUGGCCGAGAGGGUGAAGCAGGACCCCGUCCCCGUCAACCUGAUGGGGGUCCUGACCAUGGCCCUUAACCCCGACAACGAGUACCACUUUAAGAACCGAAUGAAGUCAUGUCAGAGGAACUGGGCAGAAGUUUUUGGAGACGAGGCCAACAUAUUUGCAGUCUCUCCCAGCAACACCUACCAGAAAGAGCCCCACGGUUGGCUGGUUGAUUUAGUGAAUCGAUUUGGAGAGUUGGGAGGAUUCGCUGCCAUCCAGACUAAACUCAGCUCAGAGGAGAUCGAGAUCGCUUGUGUAUCAGCCCUGGUCCAGCCCCUUGGUGUUUGUGCAGAAUAUUUAAACUCCAGCCUCGUCCAGCCCAUGCUCGAUCCCGUCAUCCACAAGACGAUCACAUAUGUGCAGAACCUGGAGGAAAAGGACCUGAAGGACAAGCGUCUGGUGAGCAUCCCCGACCUGCUGUCGGCCAUCAAGCUGCUGUGCAUGAGGUUCCAGAGGGAACUGGUCGCCGUGGUGGACGACCUGCGGCUGGACACGCUGCUGAGAAUGCUCAAAACUCCCCACUUCUCCACCAAAAUGAACUCCUUAAAAGAAGUGACCAAGUUAAUAGAAGAAAGUACAGUGUCAAAAACAGUAAAAAACGCCAUCGAUACAGAUAAACUUCUCGACUGGCUCGUGGAGAACUCGGUCCUGUCGAUAGCGCUGGAAGGUAAUAUUGAUCAGGCUCAGUACUGUGAGAGGAUAAAGGGAAUCAUCGAGCUGCUCGGGAGUAAGCUGUCACUGGAUGAACUCACCAAGAUCUGGAGAAUACAGGCCGGUCAGUCCUCAACGGUGAUAGAGAACAUCCACACAAUAAUCGCUGCUGCUGCCGUGAAGUUCAGCUUCGAUCAGCUCACCCACCUCUUUGUCCUCAUACAAAAGAGCUGGGAGGUGGAGAGCGACCGCGUUCGGCAAAAGCUGCUCAGUUUGAUCGGGAGAAUAGGCAGAGAAGCUCGCUCGGAGACGACUACAGGAAAGGUGCUAGAGGUGCUGUGGGAGCUGGCUCACCUCCCCACCCUGCCCACCAGUCUGGUUCAGCAGGCCCUGGAGGAACACCUGGGGAUCCUCAGCGACGCCUACGCCGUCAAGGAGACCGUGAAGCGCAGCUACAUCAUUAAAUGUAUCGAAGACAUCAAGAAGCAUCACACUCAGGAGGACGAUAAAGGCAGCAACACUCAAAGCUCAUUUCAUAUUGGCACUUGGCACAAGAAGAAAUUUAACACAUUGGCUAAAGCUUCUCAGCAGAGUCCUCAAACGGUCUGGGUCGUCCCCGCUCUGCGGCAGCUGCACGAAAUCACCCGCUCCUUCAUCAAACAGACGUACCAGAAACAAGACAAGAGCAUCAUCCAGGACCUGAAGAAGAACUUCGAGAUCGUCAAGCUGAUCACGGGAUCUCUCGUGUGCUGCCACCGACUCGCCGUGAGCGCGUCGGGGAACAACGGCCUGUCCGCUUCGACCCUGGUGGACGGCAGAUACACCUACCAGGAGUAUCUGGACAGCCACCUGCGGUUCCUGGCGUUCUUCCUUCAGGAGGCCAGCCUGUACCUGGUCUGGAACAGAGCCAAGGAGCUCUGGGAGUGUCUGGUCUCGGGUCCGGAUGUUUGUGAGCUUGACCGUGAGUUGUGUUUUGAGUGGUUCACAAAGGGACAGCAUGACCUGGAGAGCGAUGUUCAGCAGCAGCUCUUCAAGGAGAAGAUUUUGAAACUGGAGCCCUAUGAGAUCACCAUGAACGGGUUCGGCCUGUUCAAGACCUUCUUUGAGAACGUGAAUCUGUGUGACCAUCGUCUGAAGCGCCAGGGAACCCAGCUGUGUGUGGAGCGCCUCGACCUGGCAGGGAUGGAUUUUAUUUGGCGCAUCGCCAUGGAAACGCCUGACGAAGAGAUAGCCAACGAAGCGAUCCAACUGAUAAUCACUUACAGCUAUACCAACCUCAAUCCAAAAAUGAAGAAGGACUCCGUCUCUUUGCACAAGAAGUUCAUUGCUGAUUGUUACAAGCGGCUGGAGGCCGCGAGCUCGGCCCUGGGCGGGCCCACUCUAACCCAUGCUGUUACCAAGGCAACAAAGAUGCUGACGGCCACUGCCAUGCCAACGGUAGCCACAUCUGUACAAUCACCUUCCAGGUACAGAGGGGGGUUUGGAUCCACAAAGCUGGUGAUAAUCGAAAGACUGCUGUUAUUGGCUGAACGCUACGUCAUCACUAUAGAGGACAUGUACUCGUUUCCUCGCACCAUUCUACCUCACGGGGCGUCUUUUAACGGACACCCCGUCACUCUUCACAUCACCUACGAGUCAACCAAAGACACUUUCACUCUAGAGACUCACAGUAACGAGACGAUAGGAAGCAUCCGCUGGAAGAUCUCCGAACACUUGAGCUGUCCGGUGGAUAACGUCCAGAUUUUUGCCAACGAUAGCGUGCUGACCAUGAACCGAGACCAGAAGUUGCUCUCGCAGCUCGGCUUCAGCGACGAGCAGAGCCUGACGGUGAAGAGCUCCGGCACCGGGACUCCUUCAGGCAGCUCGGAGUCGUCGGCCUCGGCCUCCAGCAGCUCCAGCUCUGCCGUCUUCAACUCGGCCUACGCCUUGGAGCAGGAGAAGUCCCUCCCUGGGGUGGUGAUGGCUUUGGUGUGCAAUGUGUUUGAGAUGCUUUACCAGCUGGCUAACCUUGAUGAGCCAAGGAUCAUCCUCCGUGUGAGGAAGCUGCUGCUGCUAAUUCCAACAGAUCCCGAAGUGCAGGACGCACUCGACAACUUCGUUCCCAAAGAAUCCAGCGUCUGGAGCCACCAGAAGACCCUGUUCACCCUCGGCCAGGGUUCAGGCUCUCGCUCUCCGUCCGUGACGCCCAAACAGCAGCACCAGCCCAGCGCCGCGUCCAUCUUGGAGUCGCUUUUUCGAUCCUCUGCGCCCGGCAUGUCCACCUUCAGAGUGCUUUACAAUCUGGAGGUGUUGAGUUCGAAGCUGAUGCCGACGUCAGACGAUGAGAUGGCCAAAACCAGCAGCAAGUCCUUCUGUGAAAACUUCCUCAAAGCAGGAGGCUUGAGUCUGGUGGUGAACGUCAUGCAGAGAGACUCCAUCCCGUCCGAAGUGGACUACGAGACCCGACAAGGUGUCAACUCCAUCUGCCUUCAGCUGGCCAGGUUCCUCCUGGUUGGUCAGAGUAUGCCUAUGGCCCUGGACGAUGACGUCAUCAGGGACGGCGACGCGCUGUCGUCCCGGCCGUUCCGUAACGCGGGGCGGUCGGGUCGGCAGCUGUCGCUCUGCGGGACCCCAGAGAAGUCCUCCUACAGGCAGAUGUCUCUGUCCGAGCGCUCGUCCAUACGGGUGGAGGAGAUCAUUCCUGCCGCUCGCGUUGCCAUUCAGACCAUGGAAGUCGGGGACUUCACCUCCACCGUAGCCUGUUUCAUGCGUCUCACCUGGGCUGCCGCCGCGGGCCGGCUGGACCUCGUUGGCAGCCAGCAGCCAAUCAGAGAAACCCACAGCUCGCUGCUGCCGCAGGGAGUCCGCACCAGAGUCAGCAGCACUGGAAGCAACUGCAGCUCCAGCAGCGAAGGCGAGGCCACCCCGACAGCGCUGCAUGCUGGGAUAUGCGUCCGACAGCAGAGCGUCUCCAUCAAGGACGCCAUCAUCGCCCGCGAGGCUCUGUCACUACUGGUUACCUGUCUGCAGCUACGCUGCCAGCAGAUGUCUUCCUUUUACACCCUUCCCUCUGUCAGCGAUUUCAUUAUCGAUAUUCUGCUGGGCUCUCCCAGUGCAGAGAUCCGCCGUGUGGCCUGCGAUCAGCUGUACACGCUGAGUCAGUCCGACACUUCGGCCUUCCCUGAAGUCCAGAAACCCAACCUGUUCCUGCUCUCGGUCAUCCUGACCGCCCAGCUGCCGCUAUGGAGCCCCACGUCUGUCAUGAGAGGCGUCAACCAGAGGUUACUCUCCCAGUGCACUGAAUAUUUUGACCUGAGAUGCCAGCUUCUGGAUGACCUGACCUCCUCAGAGAUGGAGGUGUUGAAAGUGAGCGCGGCCAACAUGCUGGAGGACGAGAUUUCUUGGCUCGACAACUUUGAGCCCAGCUGGAGCUCAGAGAUGGAGACCAGCGAGGCAGACAACAUCCUGCUGGCAGGACACCUUCGACUCAUCAAGACCUUGCUGUCUCUGUGCGGAAAUGAGAAAGAGCACCUCGGUCCGUCUCUGAUCCAGCAGCUGCUCGAUGACUUCCUGUUUCGAGCGUCUCGUAUCAUCAUCAACAGCUCCAACCCGACGCCCUCUCCAGCCCCGAGCCACGACUUCCACCCAAAGUGCAGCACGGCCAGCAGCAGGCUGGCAGCCUACGAGGUCCUGGUGAUGCUGGCGGACAGCUCGCUCUCCAACCUGCGGCUCAUCACCAGAGAGCUCCUGUCCAUGCACCACCAGUCCGAUCCGUCACUCUGCAAGGAGUUUGACCAUUUACCUCCCGUGGAGAGCCGGUCGGUCUCGGGUUUUGUCGGGCUGAAAAACGGCGGCGCCACGUGUUACAUGAACGCCGUGUUCCAGCAGCUCUACAUGCAGCCCGGCCUGCCCGAGGCCUUCCUGUCCAUUGAGGAUGACACAGACCAGCCUGAGGAAAGCGUCUUCUACCAGGUCCAGUCGCUGUUUGGCCACCUGAUGGAGAGCAAGCUGCAGUACUACGUGCCAGAGAACUUCUGGAAGAUCUUCAAGAUGUGGAACAAGGAGCUGUACGUCCGAGAGCAGCAGGACGCUUACGAGUUUUUCACCAGCCUGGUGGACCAGCUCGACGAACAUCUCAAGAAAAUGGGGCGGGAGCAAAUCUUCAAAAACACAUUUCAGGGAAUUUAUUCCGACCAGAAGAUUUGUAAAGAUUGUCCGCACAGAUAUGAGCGUGAGGAAACAUUCAUGGCCUUGAACCUCGGCGUGACUUCGUGUCAGAGUUUGGAGAUUUCGUUAGACCAGUUUGUCAGAGGAGAGGUGCUUGAGGGCAGCAACGCGUACUACUGUGAAAAGUGCAAGGAAAAGAGAACCACAGUGAAGAGGACAUGCAUCAAAUCUCUACCCAGCGUUCUCUGUAUCCACCUCAUGCGAUUCGGCUUCGACUGGGAAAGUGGGCGAUCCAUAAAAUACGACGAGCAGAUUAGGUUCCCCUGGGUGCUGAACAUGGAGCCCUACACCGUGUCCGGAAUGGCCCGGCAGGACUGCAGCGGGGACGGGGUCGAGGGACGAGGCGACGGCUCCUCGGGAGGAUCCCCCAGGAAGAAAGUUACAAUCUCAGAAAACUACGAACUCGUGGGCGUUGUGGUCCACAGUGGGCAGGCGCACGCAGGACACUACUACUCCUUCAUAAAAGACAGACGCGGAAACGCUCGUGGGCGCUGGUAUAAAUUCAACGACAACGUAGUGGAGGAGUUUGAUAUGAACGACGAGACUCUGGAGUACGAGUGUUUUGGCGGAGAGUAUCGCCCCAAGGUUUACGACCAGUCCAACCCGUACCCCGAUGUGCGAAGGAGGUACUGGAACGCCUACAUGCUGUUUUACCAGAAGAUCAGCGACCAAAACUCGCCUGCCCUGCCGAAGAAAAGCCGAGUCAGCAUCAUGAGGCAGGAGGCAGAGGAUCUCUCCCUGUCUGCCCCAUCCUCCCCCGACGUCUCCCCCCAGUCCUCUCCUCGGCCCCUGAGGGCCAACAACGACCGGCUCACCCUCCUGACACGCCUGGUCCGCAAGGGUGAGAAGAAGGGCCUCUUCGUGGAGAAGAUGCCCGCCAGCAUCUUUCAGAUGGUCAGAGACGAGAAUCUGAGGUUCAUGAGAAACAGGGACAUCUACAACAGCGACUACUUCAGCUUCAUCCUCUCCCUGGCUUCGGUCAAUGCAACAAAACUGAAGCACCAAAACUACCAGCCCAUGGCCAAAGAAAGCCUCCAGCUGGCCGUCCACUUUCUCUUCCACACCUACUUGCACACCAAAAAGAAACUCAGGGUGGACACGGAGGAAUGGAUGGCGGCGGUGGAGGUGCUGCUGUCUAAGAGCAGCGAGGCGUGUCAGUGGAUGGUGCAGUUCCUGGUCGGAUCAGACGGACGAGAAAUCAUCAGGGUUUGUCUGCUGGAGUGCAGCGUUCGGGAGGUGAGGACGGUGGUGGCGGCCGUCCUGGAGAAAACUCUGGAGAGCGCGCUGCACUUCGGAGACCCGGGCCUGGACAGCCUGACCGACGCCUUGCUGUCGCUGCUGGACAAAGACGUUCCUGAGAACGUGAAGAACUGUGCCCAGUACUUCAACCUCUUCAGUAACUUUAGCCAGAGGGGCUGCGGUCCCUGCCAGCUGCUGUUGAAGCACUCAGCCUACCGUCGGAUGCUCAUCUUCCUGUUGGGACCCAACAGGCAAAACAACCAGAACCGGCGGUGGAGUCCGGCUCAGGCCAGGGAGUUCCUCCACCUCCACAGCAGCCUGGCGCUCAUGACGCUGCACUCUGACCUCAGCCCCCAGCGGACCCUCGCUCCUGGGGGAUCCAAGCUGCCCGCGAGUAGCGUCCACUCCUCCGGCCCGCUCCUCCCGCUGCACUCGGACAUUCUGGCAUCUCUCUUCACUCCGGAGGGACAGCCUUACCUGCUCGAGGUGAUGUUUGCGAUGCGCGAGCUGUCGGGGCCACUGACUCUUCUGAUAGAGAUGGUCACCUACUGCUCAUACUGCAAUGAGGGCUUUUCGCUGGGAGUGCUGCAGCUACUCAAGAGUCAGAUGGAGACGGCUCCGCCUCACGAGCUGAAGAACGUUUUCCAGAUGCUGCAGGAGAUACUGGUUGUUGAAGACCCUCUGCAGUCCCAGAGGCUCAAGUACGCCUUUGAGUCGGACAAAGGCUUGUUAGCUUUGAUGCACCAGAGCAACAAUGUGGACAGCAGGCGCUGCUACCAGUGUGUGAAGUUCCUGGUCACAUUAGCUCAGAAGUGUCCUCCAGCCAAAGAUUACUUCAAAGAUUUGUCUGGCCACUGGAGCUGGGCCGUGCAGUGGCUGCAGAAAAAGAUGACUGAACAUUACUGGACUCCCCAGAGUAACGUCUCCAACGAGACGUCCACCAAUAAAACCUUCCAGCGCACCAUUUCUGCACAGGACACCUUGGCCUAUGCCACGGCAUUGUUAAACGAGAAGGAGCAGUCUGGCAGCAGCAACGGCUCCGACGGCAGCCCGGCGAAUGAAAACGCAGAGCGCAGCCUCCGACAGGGCUCAGAGUCUCCCAUGAUGCUCGGCGAUUCAAAGAGCGACCUAGAAGACGUGGACUCUUAACUCCUCCGGCUGGCGGGAUGACGCCGGCGGCGGGGCGGCAACAGGUCCAAGCGGCCGGGUUGGAACGGGCUGCACUGAGCCUCUGAUUGGACAGGACUCUCGGAACUCCACAGGAAGCCAAUCAGGACACUUUUAUCUCGGUCGCCAGGGCAACCAAGCAGCUGCGAAUAAAUCAUGAAUUACUUCCUGUCAGAGCGGCCAAGGCGACAAAUUAUCAUUAAAACGGGGCACCACAGCCGAUCGGGUCGGGAAAAGCGCGCUCACGGAUGACUUCAGUUUAUCCUUUCUCUUUUUUUUUUUAAAUUCACUCGUAAUGACAUGGAGUCGGAGGACGGGCUCGGGCGGUGUUUUAACGACGCUCUGCUCAUGUUUGCCAAUGUUUUGUUUUUUUGUUUGUUGUUUUUUUUGCGACGGGCUUUAUUCACUUUGUAAGUAAGAUUUUUGUUCCAUAUGUGUAAGAUAAUAUUUUAAAGUCUUCUCCUCCACAGCCACGCAAAAUGAAGGAGGCGACCGUCGGAGCUGCUCUAGAGCGCGCGCCUGUACAGAAACGCCUCCACGCUCGCGAGCUCCUGGGAGGACGGGGCGGGUGGGGUUCAGUAUGCACUUUAUAGUCCAGCCCAGGCUAUUGUGAUGUACAGCAGGAUGGGUCAGUUCCUCCAGAGCCACUCGGCGCUAUUCUCUUCUGUUUUGGUUCUGUUUUUAACAAUGUUUGCAGUGCCACUUACUCAAGCCGCUCUCCCUGUGACUGGACCUUUGACCCCGGAGCCACAGGGGGCCCCUGUGGCUGUCAGGAUCAGGGCAGAUCUCAAACUUGCAGUGCCGUAGUCAGCACUCAACCCAACCCCUCGCAUUUUGUAUUUUUCUCUGCCCAGGACAGGGAGCCUCACGUGUCGAUUUUUAUUUUAUUUUUUUAAAUCUUCUUUUCAUCGCCACGUUUUCUUUCUGUUUUUGUUUCGGAUCUUCAGCCUUAUGCAACCUGAUCUGGACAGGCCACCGGUGCCGACUGAAGGGGAAGCUCAGGAGCACGUUUAUUUUUCUUUUUUUUAUGUUUUACUGUUUUUUGCUUUCGGGUGCCAAGGGGUUACACAUCCACAAACACGCACAUGCACAAGAGGAAUGACUCAUUCAGUACGCUCACAUAUAUGCACAUCAGUCCUUCUCACGUCGUUGUUACCAAUGCUCUGGUGGCUUUCUUGUUUGCUUCCUUUUGUUGUUUUUCUUUGCCUUUUUCUGUCUGUCUGCCUUUCUAAACACUCACAUGUAGCUUCUAGUGUUCACACUGCUGUUACCUUCAUCCUCCACCCCCUCCAAAUCAUCGGGAGUCUUAAAGUGCCUUAAUCUCCCGAUGGACUCGCCAUCCUCACAUGUUCAGUCAACGCCUUGCUUCAUGCGCGUCUCCUGUAGGAGCGCAACAGGGCUCGCUUCAUCUCCACCCCUGUCCCAGUCCGAACAGGGAAAGUCACCUCUGUGUGUUGUGAUAAAGGAUAUUUGUGAAUGUAGCUGAUGGAGAGGGGUGGUGGUGUACACACACAGGGUUCUGGUGAUGGUAAAAAUAACAAUAAUAAUAAUAAUCUUAAAAAAAAAAAAAAAAAAGCUGCUUCUUUUCAGUCUGUUUCCAGGCAGUAGAAACUAGUUCAGACGAACACCUUUCCACUCAUCUAGCUUAGCAGGUCAGCUAUCAGCUUUAACAGGUCAAUGUUUACAGUGUGAGGACUCUACGGUAUGAGGCAACCAUGCAAACUGACAUUUCUGUUCAACUCACCGAUGUUCCUCGGCGGCCUAAAAGGGGAGGAAAACACUGCUGGCGCCCCACCACCCCUCUCUCCUCUCGGUCUCAUUAGUUGUGAAUGUCACGGCGUGCUUCUCCCGCACGUUUGCAUGCGUGGUGGUGAAAGUUUGUGCUUUUUUUUUUUUUUUCUUAUUUUAUUUUAUUUUUUUCUUCUUCUUCUUCAGCGUGACACAACAACAACAACAAAAAAAAUCAGCCCCCCGUGUUGUUUGCUGUGUGAUUCGGUAUCAUUAGCACUUACUGGCACGAGCGAGGCCGCUCCAACUGCGCGGCUCGUUCGCGAGGAAGCUGUUUGCGGCAUUGUGCCAAGCCAUAGCGUGGCCAUGGCAACGCGGGCUGCGCCCCGCAGAGGAGUGCGUCUCGUGCGCCCGGGCCUCCUCUACACCAACCCAACUAUUUAAAGACAGGGCAGGGGGAUUGCAGACAAAGUCUUUUGUUUUACUGUGGGGAUGCGGGGAGGGAGGAGCAAGUGCGUGGGGGUUGGGACUUGGCAUCCAUACGGGUUUUUACUGUGCUUUCGAUUUUGAGAGUUCACUUCCGACAACGCAGCAAUCUGUAACGCAUGUUAAAACUCGAUUUUAAUUUGUACAUCAGAGUUUGAUUAAGGGGAAAUUUGAUAUAAAAUAAACUGGAAUGCACAA